AUGGGGAGUGUGGAGCAUCCGGAGACGGCGGGCGGCUUUGCCGACUUCGAUGCUGGCCACCGGGACCUUGUGUCCGUGACCAAGUUCAACUUCUAUGGAAACCGGAUCGUGACGGCGUCGACGGAUCAACGUAUGAAGGUCUGGGACCUGAAAGAUGGUCAAUGGCAGCUGACGGAUACCUGGCGAGCUCAUGAUGCAGAGAUCCGUGAUGCAGUUUGGAACGGCCCUUUUACUGGCCAACAUAUUGGAAGUGUGGGUGAGGACAUGAAGCUCAAGAUAUGGCAAGAGGAUGUGACGCAGCCACCCAACUCGGGCCGACGGUUUAGAUCCAUCUUUCGGAUGACAGCGCCUCAACGACACCCCUUUGUAUCGAUGGACUUUCGCAACAUUGAUCUGGAAUCAUGGAUGGCUGUCAUCACACGAGAUGGCUACUUGAUGAUCUUGGAGCCCACCAGUCCGGACAGUUUGGCAGACUGGCAACACCUAGACCAGUUCCGCGUAUGCCCUCCGCCUGAGCGCGGAGAAGAAACAAGCUUCAGAAUUCAAUUCCACCAUGACCCAAGUGAUAUCACACACACAAUCUCACCAGAAACUGAUCGCAAGAGUUUAUCACUGGUCGUUGCAGCCAUGGACUCGGUGAAGAUCUAUCGCACGGAUGCAAACCGUCGGUUCUACCACGCUAUCGAACUGAAUGGACAUGGGGGACUUGUGAGAGAUAUUUCUUGGGCUAACGGAUCGGUCCGAGGUUAUGAUCUCAUUGCUAGCGGAGGCAAAGAUGGAUUGGUUCGCAUCUUUGAAGUAUUCACCAUACCUACCAACCAGACAUCUCAAACCGUCAAUUCCCGCAAGGCCGAACGACGUCAGCAGCAACAAUCUUCGGAAAAUCGAGCCACGUCUCAAUCCGGAAUCAGCUCUGCCUUGGCUAGUCGUGGACCCCCUUCUGCGUCCAACCGGCAGGCUAGUGGUGAUUCCCAGUUCCGUCACUCAUUCAAGCAAGUGGCCUGUAUCGAAAGCAAUCAUCUUGAUGUUUGGCAGGUUGAAUUCUCCUUUGCUGGUGAUUCGUUGAUGUCUGCUGGCGACGAUGGUGCGGUUCGGUUUUGGAAGAAAUCACUGUCCGGAGAAUGGCUUGAAUUUGCCGAGACAGACAUGGCAAUACAAUAA